AUGCUCAAAGGCCACACUUUUAAGUCAUUCCCAAUUCGACCAGGUUCGCUGGAUUGCAGAGAAGCUUGCCUCGCUGACAGCAGAUGCCAAAGUUAUAACGUAGUGUUCAAAGGCAUUUGUGAGUUAAAUAACAGAACUAGGGAGGCAAGGCCGGAGAAUUUUGUCAGAAACCGGGAAAGAUAUUAUAUGAAGAAAAGUUCAAAAAGAGGUAUGAAAAUCGCCUUAUGGCAAAAACAUCAUUCUAAAUCUAAUUUUUUUCAUUAUAUUUUUACUUAUUAAUCUUAGGUGAUAAGUCAUAAUUUUAGGAAAGGUUGCUCACUCAAGAAAGAACGAAAGAAGGAACAUACUUUCCUGUUGCUUUAAUAGAAUAGGCACGCUAGAGUGAUAUCCCAACCAUCUUCAUUGUUAUUUUGGGGGGAGAAAAGUGGGAGCACUAAAGCGACACCGAGCGAAACGAGACCCGUACUUAACACAACUCAUGACUUUAAAACAAAAUUCUAUGGUAAAGAUAAUCGAACGUUUCAUGGCUGGUCUGUCUCAUGGUAUAGAAUCCGGCUUAUCGUAUAAGCAACAACCUCUCUCAGUCUAAACUUUCCAAACUUACGUAAACAAAUCAGACCCAACACCAUUGGGUUCUUGUCGCUCAUCGAACUAAAGCUUAAAACUUUUUACAAGUGUUUCUUGAAUAAAAUUUUGACAUAAACGCAUACUGCUGUAUCUGUGUAGAUACCCUUGGUUGGAGUCGCGACCGACCUGCCUAUUCUUGUAAACACAUCCUGAACUCUGGGAAUCACAAAGGAGACGGGGAGUACUGGAUCGAUCCUGAGAAGAGUGGGAUUCCUUUUAAAGCCUACUGUGACAUGACAACUGGCGGUGGUGAGUGAUGGAAAAUAUGGUCAGAUCUUAUUGAAAAGGGCUCUGGCUUGGCCGUACCUAUCAACAUUAACUAUUGUUAAGUUACCGUGGAGGAUCAUUUUUCUAAAAAGUUGCCAAGUCUGACUCAUAACAAGCAAGAUUUGUUCUAAUAUCUCAAAAUUGCCAUUUAAUUGCCAGUUAAGUUUUAAAAGUUGUAGUGUAACAAUUAGCGAAAAGUUAAGUUUUAAAAGUUGUAAUGUAACAACUGUAGCGUAACAACGUACUAUCUGAUGAUGCCUAGAGGCCACAUGGCGUGAGAAAUAAUAUUGACAAGAAAACAAAACAAACAAAACGAAGAAAAAGUGAAAUAAACCACAUCACAAACACCAACAAAUACACCAAAUGCCUCCUUAUCUUUUCAAAAAUGCAUCACAAGUGUCCAGGUACUAAUUUUGCUGUCAUUUUUUUUUCUACGCGAUGACCAAUCAUAAUUUCAGGAGGUUGGCUUGUUGUCUGCAAUGUUGUUUUCGACGGCUCCUCUGAUAUCUCAGCAACGUCAUCAUACCGCGAAAUUCAAAACUAUGACAAUCACAGUAAGAUGUGUCUUGGUAAAGAAGCCAUGAAACAAUUCCAAACCAUCUUGUCGUUCACUCAGCUGAGGUUCUACUGCAGAAAGCAAAAUACUGGGCGUACUUUUCACGUGGUCACGGCGGCUAACAGCAGUGGUCAAGCUGUGGUUCGGUACUUCAGCGAUCUGACUGAUGCGAUGCCCAAUGCCUGUGGCUCGUUCGUAAGAAUGGAUGAUGACGACUCGUUGCUAGCCGAAAACUGCCACAAAUGGGGGGAAGAGAAUGGAACUUACAGGGUAGGCAAAUGGGGACAUAGUAACGUCAUGCAAAGAUUGUAUAAUCACGCCGCUUUCAUUAAGGGCCGUCAUCACUGGUUGAUACAAUCGAGUAGAUGGGAAUGCGAUGAUUUCCGGGGUAACGUCUCCAUCGGUGAUUUUUGGAAAAUCUUUGUUCGUUAG